AUGCCAAAUCGAGAAAGAAGAAAAGCCCCAAUCUAUUUACUCAAUCUAUUUACUCAUCAGGCAAUUGGGGAAAUCGAAGAAGAAAAGCCCCAAAAUCCUCCUAAUCCAACUUCUUCUCCAAGCCUUGGCUCAUCGCCAUUGAGGACCUCGAAGAUGGUGUAUUUGACGCGGUUCUCGAGGCUGAGGAGGAGGUCGAAGUUUCGGAGGCCGAUAACUCUAGGCGUGCGAGAGAGAGGCCGAAUUUGGAGGUGGUGCUGGUUUGCCACCUUUGCCGGAGGUGGUGACUGCGAUGGGGGGGAUCUCGUCGGAGAGCUGCGGCUUGCGGUUGUGCUGGAGGAGGGCUCAGAUUGGGACGGGGCGGUGACUGCUAGGGUUUUGGGUUGUGCUUAG